AUGAGUCCUCGAUCGACCCCACCAAGAAUCCCUCUUGAACCUGAUGAAGAAAUCGAAGAUGACGCCGAAUAUCUUCUAGAGGGGGAACCCUUUGAGAUUGUCAGUGACCAUUCUGAUCAGGAAGUCGCCUCAGAUAAUGAGGCAGAAAUGCAGGAUGUUUCCCCACUGCCAGAUGACAGCAUUCUUCUCUUGCAAAAGCAUCAAGAAAGCGUAUUUUGUGUCGCCGUUCACCCAAGCGCGAAGUACAUCGUGUCCGGAGCGCAGGACCACACCGCCGUCAUCUGGGACGCAACCACUGGCGUCGACGUCUUCACUUGCACAGGUCAGGAUCUCCCCGCCAAACGUCACGAAGACUCAGUGACAAACGUUGCUUUUAGUCCUGGUGAUGGCAAGUUCUUGGCGACGGGCGACAUGGCAGGCGGUGUGCAGAUCUGGUCUAGUGACGCCUCAACGCCCGGUGGUUGGUCACUCCACCGUUCCCUGACUUUCAGUGACCUUCUUUGGCUUAAGUGGUGGCGGGGUCCCACGUCGUCCAACCAGAAGGCCGGCCCACUCGUUCUCCUGACUGGCUCUGUGGAUGGAAUCGUGUCGGCCUGUCUUGUCACCAGCCGGGCCAACGACGACAGACCCCUGAAGUAUCUUGUGGGUCCUGGUUCUGCCGCCAUCGGUGCUGAAAUCGUGCCCUCCACCUACGCCACGGAGCGUCCCUACAUCGCUGUGAUGUACUCGGAUGGCGACUUCCGCGUCUGGGAUCUCAAGACCGAGCAGUCCGUCCUGACGGCCACCUUGACCCCCCCGAGUCAGAGUCCUUUGGAAGGCGACGACGCGAUGGAUGGUGAGGCGUCUGCGGGCUACCUGUGCAUGGCUGCUCCUCACUCCGUCCCGGGAAGGGAGUGCAUCGAUAUCGCCGCUGUCGGCUCAUUUGAACAAAUCACCAUUAUACCAUGCAAACCUCCACCGUCGGAUGAGACCGGCUCGAAGAAACUCCCAGCCAACAAGCUGUCUUGCAUCUCGUUGGAAUCUGCAGGCACAGUAGAGGCCCUAGAAUUCAGCUGGACUCACCCUUUCCUGGCGUUUGGGACCGUGUCUGGGUUAAUUGGCAUCUACGACACCAGUUGCAUGCGGUUGCGUCAGCAGUGGACCUACACGGAUCCAACUUCAGGGACUGAUAUGGGCUUCGGCAUCACCGCAUUGAAAUGGAGUCAAACGGAGCCCGUUUUUUUCACCUCCACCCUCGCUGCCACCGUGGUUUCGUGGUCCGCGCUGUCCCGCGAACUCGGAGAUGGUGGAGUCGGCGUCCCAUUGGCUGUUUGGCGCGGCCACACACAUGCCGUCCUUGACAUCGUCUUGGCUCCGCCAAUCAUGGGCUCGCGUCCUGCUUUUAUCGCCUCCGCGUCUGACGAUGCAACUGUGCGGUUAUUUGAUUUAACUGGCCCAACGAGUAACGAUUGCGACACGUGA